AUGGCGGAAGAAUUUCAAGAAUCUGAGGUGAUAUUUCAAGAAAUUGAUGGAAGUGAAGACAAUGAGGAGUAUUAUAUUCCUAUGGAAUUGAAUUCCAGGGAACUGAGGAAAAUCUCCAACCCCAAGAGAAAAAAGUUGAAGACCAAGAAAAAUACUUCUGCAUCGCUUCCUGUAAGUAUACCGGAAAGUUUUUCGGGCAAUAAUUCUUGUUUUCGGUCCAUGGAAUCAGACUUUAACGAUGAUGAUGAUGGCGACGACGGAGAGAUGGAGCCACCCCAUGUAAUUAUCGGAAGGCGAAUCACCAGAAAAGUGAUGGCAUUUUCCGUCUGCACCGGAAAUGGAAGAACUCUCAAGGGAAGAGAUUUGAGUGAAGUAAGGAAUUCAAUUCUCCGGAUGACUGGAUUUCUUGAAACGUAA